UUACUGGCUUUCAGGCAACUAGGAAAGAAAGAUAAAGGGACGUCCAAUGGGGGUACCUUUAUUUGAUGAUAGUAAACCCUUUUAUUACCGGAUCUGGAAUGGACUGAGUCAGAAGUUGCAAGGCAAAAAGUCCUGGGAUAAACAUCUGGAUGAAAUCUACUUACUCCAGCAGAAAAGGAUCUGUGAGUCCCCUCUCCUUCAGGCUGCCAAGGAGAACAACAUCCCAGUCAUUAGGAAACUUCUCAGUGAUGGAACAUGUGAUAUUUACCAGAGAGGAGCAGUGGGGGAGACUGCCCUUCAUGUAGCUGCCUUGUAUGAUAGUGUGGAGGCUGCACUGGCUCUGAUGGAAGCAGCUCCAGAGCUUGUCAAUGAGAGGAUGACAUCAGAACUCUACGAAGGGCAGACAGCUCUCCACAUUGCAGCAGUGAACCAGAAUAUCACUUUGGUGAAGGCUUUGCUCAAGAGAGGGGCCAAUACCUGCACAGCACAGGCCACUGGGCACUUCUUCAGGCGCAGCUCCCAGAACCUUCUCUAUUUUGGAGAACAUGUUUUGUCAUUUGCUGCCUGUGUGGGAAAUGAGGAGAUUGUACAGUUGCUCAUUGAAAAUGGAGCUGACAUUAGAGCUCAGGAUUACCUGGGUAACACUGUUCUUCACAUCUUGGUUCUCCAGCCUAACAAGACAUUUGCCUGCCACAUGUACAGCCUGAUACUUUCCUAUGACAGGAGCAAAGAGGGACCGAGAUCACUUGAAUUGAUUCCUAACAAUGAGGGGCUUACUCCAUUCAAACUGGCUGGAGUUGAGGGCAACACUGUGAUGUUUCAAUACCUCAUGCAGAGGCGGAAGCAUAAUCUCUGGUCCUUUGGCCCCUUGACCACUGUGCUCUAUGAUCUCACAGAGAUUGACUCCUGGGCUGAAGAUCAAUCCUUCCUUGAGCUCAUUGUCUCAACCAAGAAGAGAGAGGCACGCCAGAUCUUAGAUCUAACACCUGUGAAGGAGCUGGUGAGCCUGAAGUGGAAUAUGUAUGGACGGCCCUAUUUCUGCUUCCUGGCUUUAUUCUAUGUACUCUACAUGGUCUGCUUCACUAUGUGCUGUGUCUACCGGCCACUGAAAGCUCGAACAGGCAAUAAAACAAACAGUAGAGACAAUACAAUCUAUGUCCAGAAAAUGCUGCAGGAAUCUUAUGUAACAUAUGAGGAUGAGUUGAGACUGGUGGGAGAGCUGAUCACAGUUAUUGGAGCUGUAGUAAUUUUGAUCCUUGAGAUCCCAGAUAUCCUUAGAGUUGGAGCAGCGAAAUACUUUGGACAAACCAUCCUAGGAGGACCUUUCCACAUAAUUGUUAUCACAUAUGCUUGCAUGAUUCUGAUAACCAUGGUGAUGCGUCUUACCAGCACUACUGGUGAGGUGGUGCCCAUGUCCUUCGCCCUGGUACUAGGAUGGUGCAAUGUCAUGUACUUUGCACGAGGCUUCCAGAUGCUUGGGCCCUUCACCAUCAUGAUCCAGAAGAUGAUAUUUGGAGAUCUUCUGCGCUUUUGCUGGCUCAUGGCUGUGGUGAUACUAGGCUUUGCAUCAGCUUUUUACAUCAUCUUCCAGACAGAGAACCCUGAAAACCUCGGGCAGUUCUACAACUAUCCCAUGUCCUUGUUCACCACCUUUGAGCUGUUUCUGACUAUCAUUGAUGGCCCUGCAAACUAUGAUGUGGACCUGCCUUUUAUGUACAGUGUGGUAUACUUUGCCUUUGCCAUCAUUGCCACCCUCCUUAUGCUCAAUUUGCUAAUUGCCAUGAUGGGUGACACGCACUGGAGAGUGGCCCAUGAACGGGAUGAACUCUGGAGAGCCCAGAUCGUUGCUACUACUGUCAUGCUGGAACGGAAACUGCCACGGUGUCUCUGGCCUCGCUCUGGGAUCUGUGGGCGGGAGUACGGGCUAGGGGACCGAUGGUAUCUCAGAAUAGAAGACAGGAUUGAUCCCAACAAACACAAGAUGAUGCGAUACACAGAAGCAUUUAAGGCUCAUGAUAGGGAUAACUGUGACAAAGGUCUGGAAAAGCUGGAAGUCGAUAGGAACAUCCUGUACAAGAAGGACCCGUCCAUUCUAUCAUUGUCACGAGGCACAUCUAGGACUAAUUCUCAGAGUGGCUGGGAGAUCCUGAGGCACAACACUUUCCAUCAACUUCAUGGAGAGAUCAAUCAUGCCAUGGAAGAAGAGGUCUAUGAUGUCUAAGCUUAUUUAUUCACUCCACAACAUGGAUUGCAUUUGCCACAGCAGUUGUCUCCUCCAAUUGUUCAUACACACUCCAGCAUGCUACAGAUUCAGCAGCCUUGAAGAGCUCUGCCAGUGCAUCAUGAAUUGUUCAUGGCAUCUAUGCUAUGAUAUAUAGAUUCAAUCUUUCCUACUUUUUAGGUGUCCCUGCUGUUGCGUUAAUAUUUGUGCCAAGUUAGUUGGCUUGUUGAGCUAAGGCCUAUGGUAGUUUGUAAUGCUUGUAAAACCCCACAGAAGUGAGCAAUAGAAGACAGCACUGGAAUUUCAACAAUUUACAAAGAGGCAGUCAGUAAGACCUCUUCCAGAAUGUAACAUACGCAGGUCAUUUAAAAAAUAAUG